AUGGCUAUCGAUACAGAUACAAACGCCUCUGCGCAAAUUGGAAAGGCCAUUGUCUCCUUCGCGCUUGAAGGGCACUUCCCCGACGAGCAAGUGUCUUCGCUGUCGCUAUCCUCUUCCGACCUGUCACCUGCGAUCGAGGCACUGGGGAAGGCGAAGGGGCACCUGGAGUCCGAAAUCCACAAGAUCAACGAGGAAACCAAGGGCGAUGUCAGCUCAUGGGUGAACAAUGCAAAAACGCUCCAAGAAGACAUCCUACGAUCCAAGAGGCUGGCCGACGACAUUGUCCGACAAUCAGAGGCCCCACAGGUCUCGGGGAAAGCUAUACAAGAUGCCGAAGAGCAUGCUCACUUUCUCGAGAAGGAGGUGGUGUACACAAAACAGCUUCACCAAGUGUUACGAGGCAUACAGCAUGUGAAUGAACUCUUGAGCGAGGUUGAGCAGGCGAUGAACGAGCGGCGCAUCAUCGAUUCGCUUCGAUGGUUGGAAAAAUCGUGGGCAGAGCUCGACGCCAUUCCCGUCAACAAGAAGGCUUGUCGAGUUAUGAGGCUACUGGAUCUACGAGCCUUCGAGCUCAAAUCGCACGUCCACGACGUUUUUGACCAUUUAUGGGCGUCACUCGUUCACACAGACCUAGAAGCUGGGUCCCUCGCUAUCUACAACAAUCUAGAUGGUGAGCAAAUGACCCUCUCAGAAGCCAUCAUUGGCCUUCAAGCCUAUAAGGAGGUCGAAGAUCGAAUGGCAAGACUUUGGCAUGAUGUCGACAAGGCCAUUGUGUCUCCAAGAAUGGACGCCAAAGCUUUGUCACUGCCUUCUAUCCGUGCUGAUGAGGUUGGUCUCAAGCACUAUGCACUGUUGUUAGCUGCUAACAUACAACAGAACGUCGUCGAAUUGCAUGGAGAAGCCGGCAGGUCAAUAGAUGAGCUCUUGACAGACCUCCACAAACUGGUCGAUUUCCUGGCCAAGAGACUGACGCCUGAUCUCCUGAUGUUCUUCAGUCCCAUCAUGAUGAGCGACGUGGUACCAAGACUCAUUCAGGUGUGGCUAGACUCAGCAGUGCCUUCGACACUGAAAGAUCUAGACCAGUUUCAGGCUGUCAUCCAAUCUGCUCGAGCCUUUUGCGAGGUUCUCGAGGCCAACGGAUUCACAGGGUUUACGGAACUCAAGGAGUGGGUCGGUAGUGCUCCGUCAAUAUGGCUUGCCAAAUGUCGAGAGACGGCUCUCGAUUCUGUCAGAGUCAAGAUGUCCAAUGGCCUUGGUGCGCCGAAACAAGUGGAAAAGGUCGAAAAGCAGAUGGUGUCGAGGUCCGAAGGCAAGGAGUUGACUGCAAACGGCGUAGCUGGCACUGCAACGGAUGACGACUGGGGUGCUGCAUGGGGAGUCGACGAUGAUGCAGAGCAGCCAGCUGAGGCAACAGGAAACGCUCAAAGCACUCAGGAAGAGGACGAUGGUGCCGACGCUUGGGGCUGGGACGACGACGACCAGGUGGCGGGGGGUACGGAAGAAACCAAAGACCCGCAGCCGCAGCAAACAGGAGACGACGAGGACGACGCGGCGGAUGCUUGGGGAUGGGGAGACGACGAGACGACGGAGCCGCAGCCCGAACCCAAGCCCCAACUGGCAAAGACCCAGACCAAGAAACAGAAGACGGCGCCUACUGAGCCGGACGAGAGCAGGGAAAUGGUCCUUAAAGAAACAUAUCACAUAUCAUCCAUGCCGGAGCCAGUGCUAGAGCUCAUCCUGGCCAUACUCGAGGAUGGUGCGGCACUGACACAGCCAGAAUACGAAAGCAGCCCCGUGGCAGCCGCGGCGCCAGGCCUCUUCAGUUUGCCGACAUUUGCGCUGGCCAUGUUCCGGGCAGUAUCGCCGCACUACUACUCACUAGACAUUGGCGGGAAUAUGUUCCUCUACAACGACGCCAUGUACCUGUCUGAAAAGCUGGCCGACCUGGCGUCAACGUGGAAGGCCCGCGAGGACCUGACGACUCGCGCCCAGAACAUGCUACGCAUAGACAACGACAUUAUCAGCCUGCAGAACUUUGCAACACGUGCAUACACCAAUGAGCUUGGGGUGCAGAAGACAGUCCUUCGAGACCUGCUAGGAGGCGAUCAAAGUCUCAUGCAACAGGACGAGCUGGAUAGCUGCGUGGACUCGGCAGUAGCACGUGUCCGAUCCCUGGCGGUGACAUGGGAGUCGAUUCUGGCACGUUCGGUGUGGUAUCAGGCGGUAGGGUCGCUCGCCGAUGCCAUCUCGUCCAAGAUCAUCAGCGACGUGAUGGAUGCGUCGUCCAUCGGCCAAGACGACGCGUACAGGAUUGCGCAACUCAUUGCAAAGAUCACGGAGCUUGACGACCUCUUCCUCCCAUCGCGAUCAACAGGCCAGGGGGAGCAGCCUGGGGCGGACGAGAUUCCGACGACGGCGCAGUACACGGCCACAUGGCUCCGACUCAAGUUCCUGAGCGAGGUCCUCCAGUCCAAUCUAAAUGAGGUCAGGUACCUCUGGAACGACAGCGAGCUAAGCCUAUACUUUUCGGCGGAUGAGGUUGUAGACCUCAUCGAGGCUAGCUUUGACGCUAAUCCGCGGAUGAGGGAAACCAUCAGGGCGAUUCGGGAGAACCCAAGCCCCAUGCACGGCUAA